AUGCCUUCGAAAUUCACAGAAAUACUUGAUCCCCAAUACCAGACAACAUCCCCUCAGGACGAUGUGCGGUUGGAGGACAUUAUAGGUGCUGUCAGCAUGUCAAUUCGAGAUCGAACAUCAUCCGAGGCCAGUUCAACAAGUCCCAGCUCUUCAAGCGCUGAUGGCGACCAUACCGAGGAGAAGCCAAGGAGAAAGAGGCUCUCCAGGUUACUGUCAGGGGGCAAGCGAUGA